AAGCUGCAUUAGAACAAGCUGCCACACGUGCAAAAACUUUAGCAGUCUACCGACCAGAGAGAAGCUGCAUUUCAUCAGACGAAGUCGGCAACCUGUGCGCGUGCGACAAGACAACGUCAAUCUUAUUUUUUAGCUAGCUAUUUUGGUGAGUCAUCAUGAGCAGUAUUAAUUAUUCAUUGGAAAAAACUAGUGCUUUAAAUUCACAGGUUAUAUGUAAUAAGCUUAAUUUUAAUGAUAGGUAUGUAGAUACUACCUUUUUGUUGAAUCAUUUAAAGAAUACCAUUUUUAAAAUAUUAAAACUAGGUUCAGUAAGGUUUUUCGGUAAUAUUCGUUGGUUUCUCGCUCUAAAAGUAGAAUUAAUAAAACUUAUAGUAAAUAACGAAGAUAAUGAUCAACAACUAAAAACAGAUGCUGUAUUUCAUAGCACAUCUCAAAAUAUUGUUAACAUCCAUGCUAAUGACGAAGAUUUAGAGUCGCAAUUUAUACGUGCAUGUGAUAAAAUUCAUAAUUCACUAGAUAAAUAUGUAUCUCACGGUUCAGGUUGGGUAGUUUCAAGAAUUAAAUCACUUGAUAUUAAUUUUUUACGAUUUCAACCGUUAUACGGCUCAAAUUCUAGCUAUAUAAAAACCCCAAAAGAGAUAAUAAAUAAAAGAGCAGUUAUUAAUAUUGAAAAUCCUAAUGAUGGUAAAUGUUUUUUAUGGAGUAUUUUAGCAUAUUUUAAUUAUGGAAAAUGUAGAAUGCAAGUUGAAUAUCUUAAAAAUUAUGAGAAUAAUUUAAAUAUUCGUGGAAUUAAAUUUCCAGUUGAAUUUCGCGAUAUAAAAAAGUUUGAAGCAUUAAACCAAAACAUUUCAGUCAGUGUUAUAGCAUAUUGUAUUAAGACUAAACAAUUUUUCCCCUAUAGAAUUUCAAUAUACAGAGAACGUGAGCAUCAAAUUAGCUUACUCUUGCUAAUAAAUAAGGAAAAUGUAAAACAGGGACAUUACUGUUUAAUUAAUACAACUAAAGGAAAAAACGGUUUAUCACGAUUGUUGGCCUCACUGGAUAAAUCCGAACAUGCACAUCUUAUAUGUCCAUUUUGUUUUCACCGAUUCACUAAGAGACCUAAUGGAAAAAAAAAUUUAGAGAUACAUAUUAGAAUUUGCUCAAAAUUCGGUGAACAGCAGACUAGUUUACCGGAAAAGAACAGCCCAGACUCAAUUAUUAAGUUUACAAAUUAUACAGCUACAUUAAAAUUUAAAUAUGUUAUAUAUGCUGAUUUCGAAAGUUUUAUUGUCCCUGUUAAUAAUGUUGAACAUACUGAGAGCGAUGAUGAUGAUGACUGUGAUGAUUUAGAGAAUAGGUCUUACACACAUAAAACCAGCAAACAUAUUGCUUGCAGCUAUAGUUAUAUAGUAUUGAAUCAAGAAGGAGAAAUUCAUCUAGGCCCUGUAUUGCGCAGAGCAAGCUAUGUAGGUGAGCCGAUAAUUGAAAAAUUUAUUGAAGAAAUUGUUGAAAUAGGGAAUGAGCUGUAUAAUGAUUUUAAAAUAGAAAUACCAAUGCAAGAAAUAGAUUCAGCAAAACGCGAACAAUUAAAUUCAGCACCUAAUUGUGUUAUUUGCAAUAGAAUUUUUGAAGAAAACGAUAUAAAGUGCUUACAUCAUUGUCACUUUUCUGGGACAGUCUUAGGAUUUGCACAUCAAAAUUGUAAUUUACAAGCUAAAAUUCCGACUUACACGCCUUGCAUAUUUCAUAAUUUAAAAAGUUAUGAUGCACAUUAUAUAAUCUUAGGCUUAUCAAAAAAUAACUCGAAGAUUCGCUGUAUAGCUCAAAACUCUGAAAAAUUUUUAACUUUUUCAAUUGGACGUGUUAAGUUUAUUGACAGUUUUCAAUUUCUACCUACUUCGUUAGAAACAUUAGUUAAAAAUCUACAGUCAAAUGAUGAUAGCACAGAUUACACUAUAAAUUUCAAACGAAUGUGUUCUGUUUUUAAGGAUCCGGAAAAACAAAAGUGUUUACUCAGAAAAGGAGUUUUCCCCUAUGAAUAUCUUUCAUGUGCUGAAAAGUUUGAAGAAAAUGAACUGCCAUCGAAAGAUAAAUUCUAUAACAGUUUGAAUGAAACAAACAUUUCAGAUGCUGAUUAUGCUCAUGCGCAAAAAGUCUGGAAUAUAUUUCAAAUGCAAAAUUUAGGCGAUUAUCAUGACACUUAUCUAUUGUCAGACAUUCUGCUGCUGGCAGACUGUUUCGAACAUGCUAGGAAAAUAUUCUUUAAAAAUUAUAAUUUAGAAGUAUGCCAUUUUCUAUCACUGUCUCAUUUUUCAUGGCAUGCUAUGCUGUACAAAACAGGUGUACAAUUAGAACUUUUAACGGACAUACAGAUGCAUAUUCUUAUAGAAUGUUCAAUCAGAGGUGGAUUCUCGGUCAUAUCCAAACGAUAUGCGGUCGCGAACAAUAUAUAUAUGAAAGAUUUAUAUGAUCCAAAAUUGCCAAGUUCAUAUCUUUGGUACAUUGAUUCGAAUUCGCUGUAUGCUACCAUCAUGAGUACUGAAUAUUUACCAUAUGGCAAUUUCAAAUGGUUAGAAAAAGAAGAAAUUGAAAAAUUUGAUGUAUUACAACUUUCUGAAACAGCUGACACUGGUUAUAUAAUCGAAUGUGAUUUAAUUUAUCCAGAAUCCCUUCAUGAUUCACACAAUUGCUAUCCUUUAGCUCCUGUAAAAGACAUACCUCCCAUACAUUCAUUUUCAAAUUAUCAGAAAUUUCAUCUUCCAUUUCAUAUGUCGGAAAAUUUAAAAAGAACGAGUAAGCUGGCCGGUUCGUUUUGUAAUACUGAACAGAUAGGGGAGAGUGGCGCGGCGAGUGUCAGUCAAGCUAACGAGAGCGUCACAGAACAACCUCUCCAGCCGUCAAGACGAGUUGCACACGCAUCGGAAAAACUACUUGCACAUUUUUUCGAUAGGAAAAACUAUGUAGUUCAUUAUUCUAAUUUAAAAUACUAUCUUGAACAGGGUAUGAAAUUAGAGAAAAUUCAUCGCAUCAUAAGUUUUAGCCAAGCACCUUGGCUCAAGGAAUAUAUCGAAUUUAACAUUAAUUUAAGGAAAAAUGCAAAGAAUGACUUUGAAUGUGUGCAUAGUAAAUUGACAGCAAUACAUCAACAUUGA